UGAACAUUUUCACCGAGAGAAAAGACAAAGACCUCCCCCAGAUCCCACUAAGAACACGUGUAAGAUGCUCGUGGUGGCCGAUCAUCGCUUCUACAAGUACAUGGGUCGUAAGGAAGAAAGCACAACCAUUAAUUAUUUGAUUGAGCUCAUUGACCGAGUGGAUGACAUAUACAGGAACACGUCCUGGGACUCUCAGUGGAAGGGGUAUGGAGUCCAAAUAGAACAGAUCAUUGUUCACAAGGAACCAGAGAAUGUGACCGGUUCAACACUGCACUAUAACAUGGCAAAGAAUCAUCCAAACGAGAACAAAGAUGCCUGGGACGUGAAGCUCCUGCUGGAGCAAUUCAGCCAUGACAUAUCCGAAAAGGCUUCCACUGUCUGCCUGGCUCAUCUCUUCACCUAUCAGGACUUUGACAUGGGCACUCUAGGACUUGCUUACGUUGGAUCCCACAAGCCAAACACCCACGGUGGAAUCUGUCCUAAAGCUUACAGAAGUGAAUCGUCGCAGAAACCUAUUUACUUGAACACGGGUCUGACCAGUACAAAAAACUAUGGAAAAACCAUCCUUACAAAGGAAGCUGACCUGGUGACUACUCAUGAGUUGGGUCACAACUUUGGAUCUGAACAUGACCCUGACAGCAUGGAAGACUGUGCGCCUAGUGAGGACCGUGGGGGCAAAUAUGUGAUGUACCCCAUAGCUGUAAGCGGAGACCAUCACAACAAUAAGAUGUUCUCCAUUUGCAGCAGAGAGUCAAUCCUGCGCACACUGAUGAGCAAAGCUUCUCUCUGCUUCAAAGAGCGCAACAACAAGGUCUGCGGCAACUCCAGAGUGGACGAGGGGGAAGACUGCGACCCAGGCCUGCUGCAUCAGCAUGUUGACCCCUGCUGUACCUCCGAUUGCAAGUUUAAGAAUAAGGCAAAAUGCAGUGACCGCAACAGUCCCUGCUGCAAGUAUUGCCAGUUUGAAACUGCACAAAAGAAAUGCCAGGAAGCUAUAAAUGCCACCUGCAAAGGGGAGUCAUACUGCACAGGAAACAGUAGCGAGUGUCCUGCCCCCGGAAACGCAGCCGAUGAAACGGUCUGUGUAGAUCUGGGAAAGUGUUUGAAUGGGGAAUGUCGUCCAUUCUGUGAGAUAGAACUGAACCUCAAGUCCUGUGCCUGCAAUGAAACCGAGCAUUCGUGUAAAGUCUGCUGCCGGGACCCCAAUGGGAUCUGCAGUCCGUACAUGGACACCUCCAAGAACUACCGCUUAUUGCGUAAAGGAAAGCCAUGCACUGUGGGCUUUUGUGAUGGCAAUGGAAAAUGUGAGAAACAAGUGCAAGAUGUCAUCGAGAGGAUCUGGGAUUUCAUCGAUAAACUAAGCAUCAAUAUGCUGGGCAAGUUCUUGGCAGACAACAUUGUAGGAUCGGUCAUUGUCUUUUCUUUGCUCUUCUGGAUUCCUCUCAGUAUUCUUGUCCACUGUGUGGAUAAGAAGCUGGACAAGCAGUAUGAAGAAAAUGCCAAAUCCUUGUUCUUGCCAAGUAAUGUGGAAAUGCUGAGCAGUAUGGACUCGGCCCCUGUACGUAUUGUCAAACCUUUCCCAUCUUCCCAAACCAACACCCGAUUCCAGCCCUUGCAACAAGUGCCAGUAGCUCCAAGCUCGGCCAAGGUUGACCACCAGAGGAUGGAUACCAUCCAGGAAGACCCUAGCACAGACUCGCACCUUGAAGACCAGUUUGAUGAUGACCCCUUCCCCAACAGCGGUUCUCCCGCCAAGUCUUUUGAGGACCUGACCGACCACCCAGUCACCAGGAGCGAGAAGGCCUCUUCAUUUAAACUUCAGCGCCAAGGAAGAGUGGACAGCAAGGAGACCCAGUGCUGAUACUUCCCGCAUGGACAGUCAUUUAGAUGUCUCAAGACAGCUUACAAGGAAUCCCUGAAUUGUGUACUGUUCUCUGAAGUUGCCAGAUGUUGUAUAUAUUUAAUAUUUUCUGCCAAGUGUUGUUUUGUACACCCCACACAUGUUCUUAAAGGGAAACCUUUCUAUUUAUGAUUAAAACAGCUUUACACUG